AUGGGUGAAAGUUAUGAGAGGGUGCACGAACAAGUAAAAGAGAAACCCGAACGAUGGGUAGUGGCAUCGCAAUAUGAAUAUAAAUCCUUUAAAUUCACAGUUUCCGCCUUUGGAUCCACCUGUUCUUCGGACUAUCAGGUUCGCACAAUUAACUCCUUCUCAUACCUCGGUUUCAAAGGUGAUAUUGAUUUAAAAAAUCCGCAAGUACAAUUUGGAGUUUUAGAAGAUUAUGGAUUAGAUCCAUACUUGCCUGUUCCGCCGUCGAGUCCUCGCACGAUUUAUUUCGGUCGAUUGAUUGCGUCGGGAAGUAGGGAUCUUGUUAACAAGUAUAACUUGAAAAGGAGAAGUUACAUUGGAAAUACUUCGAUGGACGCCGAAUUAUCGCUGAUUAUGGCCAAUCAAGCCUUGGCAACUUCGGGUAAGCUGAUAUAUGAUCCGUUUGUCGGAACGGGCAGUUUCCUAUUUACCUGUGCGCAUUAUGGGGCGUAUACCAUGGGAUCCGAUAUUGAUGGCCGGCAGAUUCGUGGUCAAGCAAGUAAAUCCUUAAAAUCUAAUGUCGAACAAUACGAUUUAAGCGGAAAAGUCCUUGACACAUUGGUAUUUGACAUAUGUCAUCAUCCAUGGCGGGAGAACCUUUUGUUUGACGCAAUUGUGACCGAUCCGCCCUACGGUGUUAGAGCAGGUGCGAAGACCCUUGGAAGGAAGGAUCCGUCAAAAAAGCAACCAACACCAGUAUUGAUCGAUGGUAUACCGGCGCAUAAACGCGAAGAUUACUAUCCCCCGACGAAACCAUAUGAAAUGUCGGAAAUGCUGGUAGACCUGUUGGAAUUUUCGGCGCAAUACUUGGUGAUAGGCGGUCGGCUGGUGUAUUGGAUGCCAACUGUUGUAGACAACUAUUCGAGCGCGGAUAUUCCUGAACAUCCAUGCAUGAAACUGAUUUCAAACAGUGAACAAAAUUUUGGCAAAUGGAGUCGAAGAUUGGUCACAAUGGAAAAGUUCAAGGAGAAUUUAAAAGGGGAACGUGCAAAUGUCAAUAUCAGAAGCCUCGACCACCUUUCACUAGCUCUUCAAAAUAGGGAGGAGACCGAAGGUCAAAACGAUCAUCAGAAAAGACCUGGUCACUAUUUGUUUCGUGAAAAGUCUGAAGAAAAAGCCAAAAGAAAAGAGACAUGGAGAAGAUUUAAGAACGGGGAAUCUGCUGAAGAGAAACCUUCGGCUGCCUCAUCAUCAGUCAUUCAAUAA